AUCAAAACAGAGUCAGAAAAAUUCGAAAUUUUGCUCGGAGCGGACGUGUUUUGUCGCGUCGCGUCGUGUCUGCUUUGUGUUUUUGUGUUUGCAGCGUGCGGCGUUUGCCGAGAAGAGGAAGAGAUGAAAUACAAAUAGUUAAUUAUGUUCAAGUGUCGCGGCUAUUAGGCAUUAUCUGAAGGCAGAACCCGAGAUUAGAUAAAAUACAGCGAAUACGUGUACUAAGUGAAAAGAGCAGAAAGGCACAAAAAGCAAAAGGAGAGGAAAGAAGAAAGAAAGAAGUUCAAAGCCAAAGUCUUCGAGUGUGUGAGUGUGUGUUUGUGUGCAACGCUUGCAAAAUUCGUCGGAGUGUGCGUGUGUUGUUUUUGUUAGUGCACCUGUCUAGAAAAUAAAAAAGACAGCAACAAAAACCAUAACAACAAACAAGUGACAAGUAAAUAAAAUAAAAAAAAUAAAGGAAACCAAACAGAAAAAAAUACCACAAAAAGUAAAAAAAACCAAUCAAAGUCAAAGCAAAAAAAAAGGGAGAUGAAAGCAAAAGACCGGUGAAAGGAAAGAAGAAAGAAGAUAAACAGGAACCACUACGAAAAUCCUGUUUUUAAGGAAUUUUUUUAUAAAGCCUGCUGCCUAAUAAAGCGAAGAAUGCAACAAAUGCUUCCAACCAACUCCUAGCUUGCCAUAAAUAUCAACUUAUACAACCAGCCCCAAAGUAUGCAGUGGAUUUUGUGAGCGCCCCGCAAGCGAGUGCUUUGAGUUGCGCUCAAAACGAGUUCUGAGCAAACCUAGAUGCUCGAAGCUGCCUUCAGCGAAUUCACCAACCCUCCAGCGCUCGCGUAUAAGUGAUUCGCGCUGGUUCCGAUCCCGACUGGAAACCCCCAAUCGCAGCAAAUAUGGACGCUCCAGAUGUGGGACGUAUUAUAAGAGCGCCGGUGAGGCGCAAACGCAACGAUGAGCAAUUAAUGGAUAGGAUAAAACUCAAAAAGGUCUUGGGCCUGACUGUGUGCAGCAAUGCGGCUUUGGAUGUGUCCCCAGUCAGCGGCCUGCUGGCCUAUCCAGCUGGCUGCACCGUGGUGCUGUUCAACGCGAAGCGCCAGACACAGGCCUACCUGGUCAACACCUCCCGCAAAGCAUUCACCUCCGUGGCAUUUUCGCGAUGUGGUCGCUACGUGGCCACCGGCGAGUGUGGCAUCAAUCCGGCGAUCAAAGUGUGGGAGCUGGAGACGCCCAACGGGAGUCUGGAGCACUGCAGCGGCGGCACUGUUGUGGCGGAGUUUGUGGACCACAAAUACGCCGUCACCUGUGUGGCCUUUUCGCCCACUGGCAAGUACCUGGUUUCGGUGGGCUCCCAGCACGACAUGAUUGUCAACGUGUUCGACUGGCGGGCCAACCUCAAGAUGGCCUCGAAUAAAAUCAGCUCCAAGGUGGCUGCCGUGUGCUUUGCCGAGGAUGGCAGCUACUUCGUCACCGUGGGCAAUCGCCAUGUCAAGUACUGGUAUCUGGAGGGAGGAAGAAAGUACAAGGAUCCCAUUCCCCUGAUGGGACGGAGCGCCAUUCUGGGCGACCUGCGGGACAACGACUUCUGUGCGGUGGCCUGCGGCAAGGGGAUCUGUGCGGAGAGCACGUACGCCAUCACGCGGCAAGGACACUUGGUGGAGUUCAGCUCGCGCCGCCUCCUGGACAAGUGGGUGCAGUGCCGCACCAGCAACGCCAACUGUAUCUGCGUGAACGAGCGCUUCAUCCUGGUGGGCUGUGCGGAGUCCAUCAUCCGCAUCUUCAAUGCGGCCACGCUGGAGUACGUGACCACGCUGCCCAGGACCCACUACUUGGGCGUCGAUGUGGCCCAGGGCAUCCAGAUCAACCACAUCAUGUCCGUGCCGCAGCAGGCCAAGUUCCCCGACUGCAUCGCCAUGGUUUUCGAUGAGCAGCGAUGCAAGGUAAGCUGCGUCUACAACGAUCACUCGCUGUACAUCUGGGAUCUGCGCGACAUCUCCCGCGUGGGCAAGUCGCACUCGUUCCUUUACCACUCCACCUGCAUCUGGGGCGUGGAGACAGUGCCAUAUAACGUGGAGCGGGAGCCCUCGCAAACGCUGCCCGAGGAGUGCUUCGUCACCUGCUCCUCGGACGACACGAUUCGCGUCUGGGGAUUGGACGGCUGUACGAACAACGACAUCUACCGACGCAACAUCUACUCCAAGGAGCUGCUGAAGAUCGUGUACAGCGACGAGGAGCUGCAGUUCAUCAAGGACCAGGGCUCCUCGCUGUUCGACAAGGCGGGCAACUCCUCCUACGACGGCCGGAACGGAGUGCGCUGCAUCAAGAUCAGUCCGGAGCUGCAGCACCUGGCCAGUGGUGAUCGCUGCGGCAAUAUCCGCGUGUACAGCCUGGUCAAUCUGCGACUCCUCACCACCAUCGAAGCCCACGAGUCGGAGGUGCUGUGCUUGGAGUACUCCAACGAGCGGAUCGAGCGAAAGCUGCUGGCCAGUGCGAGCAGGGAUCGCCUGAUCCACGUCUUCGAUGUGGCCCAGAACUACUUGUUGCUACAGACGCUGGACGACCACAGCUCUUCGAUCACCUCCAUCAAGUUUGUGGGCGCCGGACUCAAUUUCCAGAUGAUCAGCUGCGGAGCGGACAAGUCCAUUAUGUUCAGGAGUUUUCAGGGCAACAUCUUCAUGCGGGGCACCAACACCUCCGGGAAGACCACGCUCUACGACAUGGAGGUGGACUCGAACUCCAAGCACAUCCUGACCGCCUGCCAGGAUCGCAAUGUGCGCGUCUACGGCACCCAGAAUGCCAAGCAGACGAAAACCUUCAAGGGCUCCCACUCGGACGAGGGAAGCCUGAUCAAGCUGAGCCUCGAUCCGAGUGGCAUCUACGUGGCCACCUCGUGCACGGACAAAACCCUGGCGGUGUACGAUUACUACUCCAGCGAGUGCAUGGCGCGGAUGUACGGGCACAGUGAACUGGUCACGGGUCUGAAGUUCACCAACGAUUGCCGGCACCUGAUCUCGGCGAGCGGAGACGGAUGCAUUUUCAUCUGGCAAGUGCCGCACGACAUGAUCGUGACCAUGCAGGCGAGGAUGUCGCAGCAGCGUCUCCGCUCGGGACACGCCCCCUUGCCGCGACCCUUGGCACCCAUUUCGCCACCGGAUGGCAUUGUGCUGGAGUCGCCCACCAGUGAAAUGGAGCAGCCGCAGCUGCAGCCCAAGUUCGGAGUGGCGGAGAGGUUCUCGGAUGUGGGCCAACUGCCGCAGUGGGCGAUGCGGAAGGCAGCAGCGGAUUCGGACAGUGGGGCUCUGUCCAUUCCCACGCCCAGCGGUGGAUCAUCCGCCAAUGUACCUGCCAUGCACGCCGCCUCCUCGAUGGGCAACCUGAGCUCGUCGCCGAGCCAACAGGUGCCCGGAUUGGCACCGCGAGCCAGGGGAAGGUGGGCGCAGAGGAGCACCCAGCUGGAGACGGCGGACGACCUGCGCUCCAACUCGGAGAGUCCGCUGGGCACCGUUUCGUCUGUAGGUGGUCACAGUGGUGUUAAUGUGCAGACCUCUGAUUACAAUAGUGCCUCUUCCAAGGACAUCACGUACAAUCAGACCUACUUGAGCGAGGACUCCUCCAUCGACUCGGGCAUGGAGACGCGCAGGGGCGAGCUCAAGUUCAUCGGCAGCAGCAACAACGGAACGGUGGUCACGGUCUCCUCCGUCUCCUCGCUGGCUGUCGCUGCCUCCAAUGGUGCCAUCUCAACGGGUGCUGGAGCUGCCCAGCAGCGCCUCCAGCUGCCGGACAAGCGGCUGAAGCCGGGUCUGCGGUUCGAUACCCACACCCACGAUCACGACGGCGACGUGGAGGACAUCUCCGAUGGCGAGCGAACCAGCUCCGAUCACGGAAUGUUCUACAACAAUCUGGCUCCCAGCACACCAACAGAUUUCAAGGUGACCGCCAUGAACGAGGAUGAGCUGCGCAAGUCGGUGCGUCGCCAGAAGUUUGAGAAGUCCGGCCUCCAGCUGACCCCUUCGGCUCUCAGCGGAAACGGCAGUUCGCAUACGGCGAGCACUGGAACCGGAACCGGGACCUCGGACACCGAGGACGAGGGCUCCACGCCCAGUGCCGAGAACGCGGAGCGCUCGCUGGCCUCCACUUUGGGCGGCAGCUCGGAGAACCUUCCCCAGAGCAGCAACAGCUUCCUGCACGCCGCUCUGCCCGAGGGUCCCGGCACCACUACGCCCAUGGAAAGGGGUGGCAGCAGUCGCCGCAGCAUCAGCGCCAAGCACAACACGGAAAAUGGGAAAAGCGUGGCCGCACCGCCCACCAUCACCAAGUCGUAUACGAGCACCAAAAAGGAGGAGCUGCUGCAGGUCAUCAACAAGGUCAAGCAGCAGCUGGAGAAUGGUACGCGCAAAAAUGGCAACACAAGGUUGAAUGCUAUAGCCGAGGUAGGCCAUAGACCCCUUCGGGGAAGCCAUAGCAUAUCGGAUCUGAGUCUGGCUGCCAAUUUGGAUGGAUCGAGGAACGUGGGCGGCGGUCCAGGACGAUACACAAAGCCAGUUGCUUCCCACGAAACUCCGCAGUGUAUUAGCUCCCCAAACCCAACAGCAACUGCUGCCACCGCGAAUAUCCAGCAGCAAUAUCAGCAGCCAGUGCAGCAGCAAUAUCAAAUUCCCAAGGAGCAAUAUCAUCAAAGCCACCAGCAACAUCAGCAAUAUGUUCCCAGUGCUUCCCAGCAGCAGUUUUUCAACUGUGCUGCCCCGAAGUCCAAGUUGCAGCAGAACUUCCACACGAUGCGACAGGUGCAGCAGCACUAUCCUCCCUAUCCGCACCACGUGGGUGUCCACCAGAUCCAUCCACCGCCUGGGGUUCCCUUCGGAGGAUCCUCAUCCGCAAUGCGUUCGCAUUCCCAGCAGCAACACAAUCAACAGCAGCAGCAGCAGCAGCAACAGAGGGUCAAGAGGAACCCAGCUGGGAACAACAGGCGAACGCCCAGUAUCUUGAAGCACUACAAAUCCUGUCCAGUGUCUCCGGUCCACGAGGAGGUGGAGUGGUCAGCGGAGGGCAACGAGAGAGGAGCGCUGCUGGGAGAACCCAAGAGGCACUCGGUUUAUGCUGACGAUGCACGAACCAUUCUGGACAUGAUCCACGCGGAUACGGAGAAAAUGAUCGAUGAGAUCACCCGGAAGUACGGGGAUCUGGACGAGCCCAGCAUACCAGCCUCGUAUUCGAUGCCAGCGAAUCUGAAGGGCCUGGGCGGACUGGGCUCCACCGGGGACUCCACGCCCACGGGCAGGACCACCCAGUACUACGUUUACCGGGAGUUCUACCAGUGCGAGCGGAAGGUGUCCCUCUCGGACAUCCUGCAGCCGGAGCAGUUCGCGGCCAGUCAGCGGAGGCUGGAGGAGGCGCGGUUCCUGGAGACGCAGCGCCACUCGAGUGCCAGCUUCUUCCUCACCGGACAGCAGAGUCAGGAGUCGCUAUCGCUGCUCUCCGAUGGCGAUGGACCGGGGAGCUACUGCAACAGCCUGGAGAGCGUGCUCUCGGACGAGAGCGACUGCCAGAGUGCUCCGCUGGAGUACCCGCAGGCCCAGGUGGCCGUGCUCCAGCAGCGGCACGCCGGCAUCCGGAACUUCAUCAUCCACGGACCGGUGUCCAAGUCGUACGGGAACAGCCCGAAUGCCUACGGCAGCUUCGAUUACUACAUGCGGCAGCAGCAUGCCACUGCGACGGACAGCUUCGAUGUCACCGGUUACAAUUUGGAGCCACUGAAGCCACUGCCGAGUUCAAAGACAUAUCCCCGAAUCGCCCAGGUGAAGGCCUCGGAAAACAUACCCACCCUGCGCUCCAAGAACAAGCAGUACAACUCGGGAGUGAACAAGUCCCUGAGCACGGACUUCGCCCAGCAGCGAUUGCAGCGGAACUCGAAUCCCAUGCAGUCGGGAGACAAUCUCUUCGUGCGGAAGCCACUGAAGCCCAAGCCACCGGUGCCGGUGAAGCCACAGAACCUGGUCAGCACCCUGAGCCACGCGGAAAAGCAGCAGAAGCAGCAGAAAUCGCAGUCGAGAACCGCGAGCGUGGUGCAGCAGUUCGAGCACAAUCUGCAGAAGUUCGAGAAGGAGAAGCAGCGGGAGCGGGAUCAGCACAGGAGGCCGGCGAUGAGGAGCUCGGUGAGCUCUGGAGCCCUGGCCGGGGGAUCCGCCACCCAGAGUUGUCUGAAGAAGGUUUCCCGAUUCGAUACCAGCGAGAGCAGUCGACGGGCCACCAGUGUGAGGCAGAAGAGCAGGCCAAAGAUCUCGGUGCGUUUUAAUACAGUGUCGCAGAUUAAGUAUACGCCCAGUGCCAAGAGGGAGAGGCAGGAACGGGAGGAGGAGCAGCUGGAAAUGGAGGUGGGAAGCCUGCCGAGCGAUUACGGAGAGCGCAGCUUCGAGAUGUAUUUCGCCGAGAACGGAAAUGCCCCCGAGAACCUGGAGAAUAUGCAAACCCUCAAACUGUACACCAAACCCCAACUGCAAGCGGUGGUAGAUGAGAUCCAGCAGGAGCGGGAAAAGUACAGGAAGAACCUAGACAACGCUGGGAAGAUCAGCGGAAAGGGAGGAAGUGGAAAGGGAAAGGGAGCGGGUAGCUCCACCAGCCAUCAGUGCCAGAACAUUGCCAAGAAGAUAGACAUUAUCGAGAAGCUGAUCGCCAUGGAGGAGAACAAAAUGGAGCAGAUACGCCUGGCCACCGAAUCCCGUUUGAGGCCCUUCAACUGCAAUGCCAAGGAGAAGGGCUACGUGAAGAGCCUGACCAUGAACUUUGACAUGCUGGCCAGGGGGGAGGAGCCCGCCGAGGACGACGAGCUGACCUCCAAGGACGCCUCCGAUCUGUGCGCCUAUGCCAGGAACAUUCGGAGGAACUGCAGUCUGCCGGAUGUCCUGGAGAGCACCGACUUCACUGGCAUCUACAGCAGCAACCAGGACGUGGAGCUGGCCAAGGAAGUGAUUGCCGACGAUGAGGUUGGCAAGCAGGCGAGCACUGAGAUCCCCGCUGAUAACCCAGAUCUCGAUGACCUGGGACCUGGGACUGUUGUUUUGAGGAUGGAGCCAGGCAAUCCCAAAACGCUCAAUCCCAUGCCCAUCGAGGAGUCCUCCAUACGCCGCGCCUGCUCGCUGAGCGACCUGCACAUGGGCAACUUUGGCAAGCCUGGAAAAUCGAAUGGGACGCCGCAGAAGCCGCAGGCUCAGCACAGAAAUGGAAACGUUUCGCGAUCGGCCAGCAAGAGGAACAGUUUGCAGGGAAAAACUGGACUGGGUGCCUCCAGCAACUCAAUGAAUGUUCUUAAUCAGGGGAGCGAUUCCGAACCAGAGGAUAGCAAUAGAUUGCGUAGUGCCAGCAAUGGACAGGGACGCAGUAAUGGCCCCAUAGCUGCCAAUCGCCAAUACAGCAACAAAAUAAACAAUGUCAACAACAAUCGACGCAAGACGCCAAACUUCAGCAGUGCCACACCCAUGCAGGACGACUCCAGCUCCGAGGAGACGCCAAACAGCACUGUUAACAACAAGCCCAUUGUGCCACCAAGGCCAAGGAAUUUGGGCUUCGAUCACAAGAGCAAAAUGAUGAUCAACAAUACUGGCAGCCCCGGCGGAAAUGCUAAGCAGAGGAGUGGAGUGAACUCCACCGAGGAUUACGAGGGCUCAGAUCCUGAGGCCCAAGUACACAAUGUGAUCAACAAACUUUAUACCACAACUCAGGCAGCUAUGCAGCUGCAUGCGAAUCUGAAGAACUCGCUGCUGCUGAAGGAACUGGAGAACGCCCUGAUCAUGUCCAGAAACAUGCUGAGCAGCAUCACCAAUAGACAAGCGGAGAAGACGAACAAUGGAGGCGGAGUGGGCGGAGGAGGAGGAAUGGGAGUGAGCGUGGGCGGAAGUGGAGGAUUGAACCACGACCAGCUGAGCGCCGACAACGGAGACUAUCUGAUGAUGGUGAACAACUGUGCCGAUCUUUUGAGCAAUUUACGCACGAAGCACAAACCCGAUGACUGUGAGAAUAACUCCUAGUGUGUAGAGCUUAGGCUAGACUAAAUGACUAAAAGAAGGCAGCUGAUCUGCGAGGAAGGACUAACCAACCAACACCUAUUUAUUUAACUGAAACAACAACAAAAACAAAAACACACACACAGGCGAAUGGCAAACAAAUCAAGCAACCAACCACUAAUUUGUAAUUAAUAACUAUUCACAUUUGAUGUAAAUUUCUUUUUUAGUUAUUAGCUCAAGUUGCGUAGCCGCUAAGUUUUCUGUUUCGUUUUCGUGCACGUGUGCAUUUCUUUUAACAAUAAUUUAUAUGGCAACAAAAUGCGUUUAGCUUGAAUUAAAUUCUGUAUUUGUUAAGUUUAAUAAGCAGUUUUGUACGUGUUAAGUGUUAUUUGAGUUUAAGGCGACGAUGAAACGGAAUGUCCAGACUUGAAGUGUCGAGCGAAUUGUUACAAAGUGCGCUUAGUCUUUGCCUUCCUUCUGUAUCGUUUAUAUAUUCUAUGUUUUGAUUGUAUUUCGUUUGUAUAUCAGUCGAAAUGUGAAAGACAAAACUAUGAGAAUUGUGUGUCAAAUUUGAAUAUUCCAAAAUUUCAAUUAUACCCAUAUACUAUGUAUGCCUACUCACGUUAUACUUAUAUGCAUCUAGACAUGCCACAAAUGAUUAUCUGAGAAAUGCUUAUGUGAAGAAGCGAACAACUCUAAGAUAUUUCAGACUUUUGAUCAGAGCGAAAAAUCUAUUUCCAAACACUUUGUUCUGUAAUUAUUCUGUAUUAGUUAAUUAUUCGAUUGUAUUUACAACAAUUAUAACACUACCUAUAAAUAUACAUAUAUACCUAGAUAUGAACUUGAAUUAGUCCUAAAAUUUACAUUACAAUAAUUUACAACUAAACAAAAUGUAUUAAAAUUAACUUCAAAUAGGAAAAAACCAACACUUACGAUUAAUUAUGCUAUCUAAACUCAGAACUAAACUAAAAGACAACAACUAAUUCAAAGCAAAAAUAAUACAUAAUGCAUAAUUUUUGAAAACACUAAA